AUGGCGCAGCAAAAUGUCGACAUCUUUCAGAAUGCGGUAGAAGAGGAUAGCGGGUACACAAGUAGUGACGCUAGUGCCACAAUGCCAUCCUUGAUGUCGAAUAGUGGCAGCGAAUCGGAAGAGACGCCGAGACCGAACGAUCAGCACGUCCGAUGGAAUCAGCAAAUGGAAUCUGAGGUGAACAAUGGACGCUUCAGCAAUAGAAUCAAUAUGGCUAGACAGCUCGAACGCUUUAGGCUUCCUAGACAGGUACCUAACUUUACUGGGACUUCAAGAACGGAGGCAGGUAUUGACACUACGACCGAACCCAAGGAGCCCUCGACCGAACCUAAGGAGUAA